CAAUCGACUCUCAAAUCGUUGUAUGUAAUCAAAUCGAAAUUUACAGUACCUCACUACACGAAUGCACCUAUCAGUAAAGAUGAUCCACGCGCACCCCAAUUCGCAAAAGCUGCAGAGUUAUUCCGGAAAAUGAUCGAUACCACUGUUGAUCCUUGCAAUGAUUUCUACAAAUUCACGUGUGGCAAAUUCGAUAGAUCUAAAACGAAGAUGAGCUUCGAAGAAGCGGAACUUUACAACCUAAUCGUCAUGUUAUUACAAUUCCGCGAUGCAUCCCAUCCUCAUCCCAAACUACCGAAACCAGUCCAACAAGUGUUUUACUUAUACGAUAAAUGUCUAUGGGCAACGCAAAACUGGAAAUUAGCGACGAACAAUUUUACGUAUACAGAAAGUAAACUGAAGCAAUACCAACAAGCAACAGGCCUUCCUUUUCCACUGUUACAUCAAACUGAGCCUGAUCCAGCAAUGCCAAACAGGACGCUUUUAGCUAAAGCGAUGGGCUAUUUGGAUGGUGUGUUCGGUACAAGCUCACUGAUCAGUUCGUUCAUUGAUACCAACUGGAAGUUUCCACACAGCACGCAGGGUUACAUGCUCUUUAUCGAUCAAAGUUCGCUCACACUCCCAAUUCCUGUCUACAAAAAAUUAUGGAACGAGCAAUAUAGUGAUUAUUUUACUAACAUGACAAUGGGUAUGUUCAAUAUGAUUAGACCUGGUUUGGAUCAAGCAAAACUUAGGACAGAUGUUAAAGCUAUCUAUGAACUUGAGUACACAAUUGCGAUUAACGUAACGACUGAUGAGAAAACCAGACGUCGCUUUGCAAGAUCCUAUAAUCGGUAUUCGCUGGUGGAGGCGAAUGCAGAGUUCAAGUUCAUUGAUUGGUCGCAGUACUUCAAUCAACUCUCCACAUAUGCUGACCCUGAUUCACAGAAUAAAAUACGAUCAAACGACUUCGAAUUCAUCAUAAUGGAACCGUCCAUCCUGCAUAAACUCGCUGAAUACAUAGAAAAAGGGAAAUUCACGCCACGUACCAUCGUCAAUUAUCUAUACUUCCGUGUUGCAAAACACUAUGAGGCUUACUUACCGAAUGGAGCACAACAGAGAGAUGAAACUGUUGAGAAGAUAUAUGACAUAUUCGGAAAAGAUGACUUCGAUAUGCGUCCGAAAAGACGCGAGUGGAGACCGAUUGUUGGACCGCUCCCGAGGAGAAAUCGGCGUUUAUUGGCAGGCAUUUUAGAUGAAGCGAUGUGUAUCGGACUGGUCAACAGCAAUCUAGAUUAUGCAAGCGGUCGUAUCUUCAUUGAUGCACUCUUCCCAAAUCCUGCUCAGAGAGUUAGUAGAUUCGUUAUUGCAUAUGUUAAUAAUAUGUUCUUCCAUUCUUGCUUCUACUCGAAACGGAUCAAGUGCUUCUCUGACAUCACCACAAUAUUACCGAGUAUUCAGUAUGACGUUCAUGAUAUGAUGAGUUCAUUAUUAAUUCAGAAUAAAUUCCGUCAAAACUUCGCCGAUUUCACGGAGAGCAUUCUUGAUGGAUUCCGCAGUAUGCUUGACGAACUGGAAUGGAUGGACAGGUCAUCGAAAAGCGGUGCGUUCAACAAAGUUCGAGAUCUCGUCAAGAAUAUCGCAUAUCCGAACUUCCUGACUGAUGAUGCUCUUCUCAGUGAACAUUACGCUUCACUGGAACUCAGUAAAAACGACACGUUUUUGACGAUGCUCGAAAAUAUCUAUGAAUUUAAUAUGCGCACCGAAUACGCGAAGCUGCGUGCAGGUCCAAGUCAAAGAAACGAUUUUGGAAAUACCCCGGAUGUGGUUAAUGCAUGGUACCAGCCAGAAAUGAAUUCGAUCACCAUCCCAGCUGGUAUCAUUCGUUAUCCUUUCUAUAAUCCAAUGUGGCCUGCGGCCGUUAACUACGGUUCGAUGGGUGUGAUAAUUGGUCAUGAAUUAACGCAUGGUUUUGACGAUCACGGAGUCCAGUGGGAUGGUACCGGUGUACUGUAUCAGUGGAUGGAUAACAGCACAUUCAAAUCAUUUGAGAAUAUGGCUCAGUGUGUAGUCGACGAAUACAACGGUUUCUGCCCGUUCCCCUCUGGCAGACCGAAAUGCCUCGAUGGUUCCAAUACUCAAGGUGAAAACAUAGCAGACAAUGGAGGAAUUCACGCUGCAUACCGUGCCUUCAAAACCUAUCAGAAUUUGAAUGGACCUGAACCUGCAUUUGAUGAUGCCCUAAUGCAACAGUUCACUCCAGAUCAACUAUUCUUCAUGAGUUUUGCGCAGGUUUGGUGUGAAAAAGCAUCCAGUGCUUCCGGUUCCGCUAUAUCUAUACUUCUCGACCCGCACAGUCCAUCAAAGUAUCGUGUAUUCGGUACAAUUCAGAACUUCCCAGCAUUCAGAAGUGCCUUCAGUUGUCCAUUGAAUUCAGAAUAUGCACCAAAGAAGCACUGCGAUGUGUGGAUAUCGCCAGUGAAAGGAACAUAUGGUAUACCAAAAGCACCCAAACCAGAGAACGCACUGAACAUAUUACCAGCACCGAGGAUCUCACCCGCGGAAGAACAGAAACAUAAAGGAUAUACAGAAGCAGUUCAACUCUACAAACAGUCCAUGAAUCUGAGUGCCGAUCCUUGCAACAACUUUUAUGACUACGUUUGUGGUAGUUAUAAUCAACCGCUCAGCUUCACGAAAGGUCGUAUCGCCAAUUACCGAGCGAUGAGUUAUCAAAUGGAGUUACCGCGGUACAAGGAAGUUGAUACUCCGAAUGCGUUGAAGAAGUUGAUUCAAUUCUAUGACACGUGCAAAUCAGUGAGAGCCGAUUUUGGGGCUUAUAUCAAGGACGGUGAGAUUGUUCUGAAUGCAAUCGAGGAUUUCAAAACAAGAACUCAACUGAAAUUUUCCAUGAUCGAAUCGCAAAGUACUCAAUCCCAGCAAACGAUCAAUGCCGAAAUAUUGGGUGAUGCGAUCGGAUACUUAAGCUCUCAAGGAAUCGAUACGUUAAUCAGUGCUAUGGUUGACACCAACUGGACUCAUCCUCAACAUUAUUGUUUCUAUAUUGACCAGAACGUUUUGUAUUAUUCAAAGACCUAUUACUCGCCAAUCGCUUGGCCAACAACAUAUCCUUCCUAUAAAAGCAACACCAUUGAUCUUUUCAAUCAUUAUGCCGCCCUCAAAAAGAUCCAACUGGAUCAAACAACCUUGGCUAAGGAUGUUGAAAAAUUGUUGGAUUUCGAACGCACCCUUGCACAGAAGUACAGUACGAGUGACACUGAAAGACGUCAUUUCAUGCGUUCCUAUAAUCCAUACAACAAGCAAAACGCAACUGAGCCAUUCAAAUUCAUCAAUCUGGCCAGCUAUUUCGCAGGAUUAUCAAGCACAUAUCCGACAGUUGAUAAAGAAUACUUUAGCAGAAGUGAUCUCGUCUUCAUAGUGAUGGAACCACAGAUGAUCCACAAGUUGAGUGCAGAUUUCAACACCAAAUUCGAUUCGAACACAGUUGCGAACUAUUUGUUCUACCGAAUCUUAGCACAACAUCGUCAGUACCUGCCAAGACCGAGUGGUUACAAACUUCGUGAAGUGGAACCUCACCGGGAACACAUGCCGUUCUUGGGUCGUCAUGCCAAACGAGGUCAGUCGUUGCGUACCGGCAUCACGGAUGCGGCCUACAGAGAACCGUCUGUGCAAUGCGCAUACGAAACACUCGAGAUACUGCAAUACGCCAACGCACGAAUAUUCGUCGACUAUUCGUAUCCGAACAAAGAAGCGAUCAGGCGAAUACGACAGCAAGUUGGUGGAAUUAUUGAGAAUAUUCUUAUGUCAUUCCGGGGAAUGUUGAAUCGUCUUGAAUGGAUGGACCAACGAACAAAACGCGGAGCAUACGAGAAGAUUACUGACCUGAAGCAGAAUAUCGCAUUUCCAGAUUUCAUUCUUGACAAUGAACAAUUGGAUAGCUACUAUGCUGAUUUGCAUUAUGCGCCAGAUGAUAAAUAUUACGAUAUGAUUAAGGAAACGGAUAAGUUCAAUUUCGAACUUAUCUACAAAGUACUGGUUGAUGACUCAACUGUUAAUCGAAAUGAUUUCGGUGGUCCACCUGGUACAGUGAACGCAUGGUACUACUCGACGUACAAUUCGAUAACGUUCCCGGCGGGUAUUCUUCACCAGCCGUUCUUUGACGAGAACUGGCCGGCGUCGUUGAAUUAUGGUGGUCUCGGUUUGGUGGCUGGUCAUGAACUAACGCAUGGUUUUGAUGAUCAAGGGGUACAGUGGAACGGUGUUGGUGCAUUAACGGAUUGGAUGACGGAUGCAUCGAUGCAAGGAUUUAACAGUAUGGCACACUGUGUUGUCCAAGAAUAUGACCACUUUUGCCCGUUGAAGGGCACCGGUAAAAUGCCAGAUUGUGUUAACGGAGAACAAACACAGGGCGAGAAUAUCGCUGAUAAUGGAGGCAUUCAUGCGGCAUGGCGAGCUUAUAAGGACCACAUCAGCCAGUACGGACCAGACCCACAGUUGCCUGAUCCACUGUACGGCGACUUCACCAACGAUCAGCUAUACUUCAUGAGUUUCGCACAAGUGUGGUGCGAGACACCGCGGUCGAUCGACGCACAGUAUCGACAGAUUAUGACCGACCCGCACAGCCCGUCCAGAUACCGCGUCUUCGGUACCAUUCAGAACUUCCCCGGCUUUCGCGAAGCAUUCAACUGUCCACUUGGAUCCGCAUACGGACCCAAAGAGCACUGCAGCGUGUGGGUGCCGAAGACCGGUGGUCAAUAA